AUUAAUCCGUUUAUUUUAAACGUUGCAUUGCUCUCAAAAUUAUUUGUUAUCAUUAUAUUCAGAAGCGAAACUUCCUUUAAGACCCAUGAAUAGUUUCGGGUGUCAGUUAGUUAUUAGGUGAAAAUGGCGUGCAAGUGCGUUGUUUAAUUACCAGAGCUACAAACGUGAUAGCCAACUGUCCAGCCCACAUGGGCAGCCUAUAAAGGCCUCCGCCUCGUUGGCUAGUCGUCGUAUUCCGUUCCCGCCACCAUGAGGCAUUGGAGGCAACGCUCUUCCUCCGUUCUGACCAUCGUCCUGGCAGUUUUGGGCCUCCUCUUGCCAGAUCCUGGGACAGCCAUGACGAUGGACCAGUUUUUGGCCUCGCUGGAUAUGAUCCGGAAUGGUUGUGCGCCGAAGUUUAAGCUUAACAUAGAAGAUCUCGAUCGGCUUCGCGUGGGGGAUUUUAAUUUUCCGCCGUCGCAGGAUCUCAUGUGCUACACAAAGUGUGUGUCCUUAAUGGCGGGCACCGUAAAUAAGAAGGGAGAGUUCAACGCGGCAAAGGCCCUUGCGCAGCUUCCGCACCUGGUGCCGACGGAAAUGAUAGAGAUGUCCAAGAAAUCCGUUGAGGCUUGCAGAGAUGCCCAUAAAGCUUUUAAGGAAUCGUGCGAGAGGGUCUACCAAACAGCCAAGUGCUUGGCUGAGAACGCCGAAGGGAAGUUUAUGUGGCCUUAGGACGAAUUUCGGAACACCAAACGAAACAACACACAUAAACAAUGUAUCAGUUGUUCCGAAAAACGUUUAAAUUAAUAUUAACGUAUUCGAACAACUAUAUAAAUUAAGUUCGUAUUUUACAAACCAUUUUGAUGUUAUAGACGUGAACAUCUCAAAGAAUUCAGAGCCCUUGUUGAUUUCAAACAUUGUUACACUUUAUUGCUGAUAUUGUUAACUAAAUACAACAGUUUUAUAUUCGCAUUACGCACACUUAUA